AUGAACAUUUUAAUUAUAACAUUUAGCUUGUAUUCUUGCUUGAUUUUCAAAUCAGGUUAUGGAGCUGGUUUCGAUGGACAAGCAUCAUGUGCUUGGGGGUCUAGCGAUUCGAACUAUAGAAUGAUGUAUCGCUCAGUUGACGAACAAAUAUCAAGUUUUUCUCUUUCUGGAAAUGAUAUAAAGUUUCUCUUUUAUAACAAACAGCGGAUUUUAAAAAAUGAAGCCUAUCCUAUUCAAAUAUUCAUAAAUGAUGAACUUUCUUUAGUUCAAAGCGGUUUUGAUGUAAAAAAAUUAACAAAAAUUUUCAUACAUGGAUUUCAAAGUAACUUUAAUAAAACUGCGAGUGUUCUUAUCCGAAAUGCUUUCUUGAAAAGUGGAGACUUUAAUGUAAUAGUUGUUGACUGGAGUCGAGCUCAGUAUUGGGGUCUUGGUCAUGCUAUUCCAUCAACGUAUGAGGCUGUCGUGAAAAAGCUAGACGCAAUUGCAGAUUAUAUCAGUAGAAUGCUUCGAUUGUUGGAAAGGUAUGGAGUAGAUUUGAGUACCACAACCAUAGUUGGUCACUCACUUGGAGCUCAUGUAGCUGGUCUUGCAAGUUACAAAGUAAACAGCAAGAUCGGACGAAUCGUAGGAUUAGAUCCUGCGGCACCUUUAAUGUCCAAUAAAAGACAAGGCGAAAGGCUCUCAAAAGAUGAUGCUAUACAAGUAGAGAUUAUCCACUCUGAAAUUGACGAAUGUGGAUUGAAAGACCAAUUGGGGCAUUAUGAUUUCUACCCAAACAGUGGACAUCGUCAGCCUGGUUGUACGACAUAUACAUGUUCCCACGCAAGAUCUUAUAAGUUCUUUGCAGAAUCUCUUGACCCUAAUUCCAAAGGUUUCUAUGGUAAUUUGUGUAACGAUUGGACAUCAAUGAAAGAAGGGAUUUGUAAAGGGUUAACACUUCUUAUGGGGGGACUGCAAACAAAAUCAGCUGAACAUGGUCUUUACUAUGUCAAAACUAAUCAUAAUUCACCUUACGCUCGGGGUCAUCUUUAAUUUCCAAAAUUAUUCAUCGAACUUACUAUGGAUAGUACUCUUAUUACUAGUUAAAAUGAUAAUAAUAUUACUAUAAAUAAAUAUAUUCCUUUUACG